CGCAGACCGGCCUGGAAUAUUCCUUCGCCCGAGGUUUCGGCACCACGUCGGCAUUCCAACGACCAUCGCCAUACCUAGGUGCUAACCCAAAGAAGGAUAAUGCUAACCCGAAGAAGGAAGGUAACACUCGCCCGUCCAACCACAGCGCAAAGCAACUCUCCGAACUCCACUUCUACCACGCGACCAACAACCCUGGCUCGAGCGACCAUUUCCCCGCAAAAUUUUAUGGCUUAAAAGCUUCCUGUUUCCCUGUCACCAUGCACCUUUUGUUCCUCAGGUUCCAGGUCCCAGGUCCGCCAUUCUCCCCCUUCCCCUUCCCCAGCUUCUCGGUCCUUGGUGCGCCAUUGGCAGUGCCGCUGACAGUAGUUGCACAAGGGCAAAAUGGCUGAAGAGAAGGAAAUCCAGCCCACGGGCACCGAUAUCCCUACCGACACCGACCACAAGAAGGCAGCCGAUAAGGUCAUCAACGAUGCGCGUCUCGCCACUGAAAAAGAGCACUCCAUGAGCCUAUGGCAAGGUCUCAAGCUCUACCCAAAGGCCAUCGGAUGGUCGGUCCUCAUCAGCACCUGCAUCGCCAUGGAGGGCUACGACGUCUGCCUCCUGUCCAACUUCUACGGCUUCCCGCCGUUCCAGAAGAAGUAUGGGGAGCAGCUUUCCGACGGCAGCUACGAGAUCUCGGCGCCGUGGCAAGCGGGGUUGAGCAAUGGUGUUACUGUUGGCGAGAUUAUUGGGCUGAUGAUUAAUGGGUGGGUGAGCGAAAGAUAUGGCUACAGGUAUACCGUUAUUACGUGCUUGGUGCUGAUUAUUGCCUUCACGGCGAUUUUCUUUACGGCACAGACCGUGGUGCAUUUGUUGGUUGCGGAAAUCCUUUGUGGGAUUCCGUGGGGGGUUUUCCAGACGCUGACGAUUACUUAUGCGAGUGAGGUUUGUCCGGUGGCGCUGAGAGGCUAUCUUACGACGUAUGUGAACUUCUGCUGGGGUCUGGGCCAAGUUAUCGGUAUUGGAGUUAUCCGUUCCAUGCUGUCACGAGACGACGAAUGGUCCUACAGAAUCCCCUAUGCCCUACAAUGGAUGUGGCCCGUUCCACUCUGUAUUGGCGUCUGGCUCGCCCCGGAGUCUCCCUGGUGGCUAGUCCGUAAAGGGCGCCUCGACGACGCCAAAAACGCCCUUCUACGCCUCACAAACCUAAACCGCGAAACCGACUUCGACGCUGACGAAACAGUCGCUAUGAUGGUCCACACGACCGCCCUCGAAGAGAAAAUCACCCAAGGCGCCACCUACCUCGACUGCUUCAAAGGCACCGAUCUGCGCCGCACAGAAAUCGUCUGCAUGGCUUGGGCAAUUCAGAAUCUUAGCGGUAACGCCUUCUCCGGCUAUUCAUCCUACUUCCUGCAACAAGCCGGGCUCCCUCCGUCGACGUCGUACGACUUCGCCCUCGGUCAGUACGGCAUCAACAUGGCAGGCGUGCUCGGCGCGUGGUGGCUUAUGAAAGCUGGUCUAGGUCGGCGGACGCUGUAUCUCGGCGGACUUUGCGGUCUCUGCGCCAUGCUCUUUGUCAUGGGCUUCCUUGGCCUCGUCCCAGAAUCGCACCGACAACAAGGCGCCAUGGCCACUGGAGCCAUCAUGAUCGUCUGGGCCAUGUUCUACCAGCUCACCGUCGGCACCGUCUGCUACUCGCUCGUCGCCGAACUCUCAACGCGGCGCCUGCAGAUCAAAACCGUAGUGCUUGGCCGCAACCUGUACAACGUCGUGGGCAUCAUCUGCAGCGUUCUCUCACCCUACAUGCUCAACCCGUCCGCGUGGAACUGGAAAAACUACACGGGUUUCUUCUGGGGAGGCAUUUGCUUCUGCUGUAUUAUAUAUACGUAUUUCAGGUUGCCGGAGCCGAAGGGACGGACGUUCGCGGAGCUGGAUUUGCUGUUUGAGAAGGGCGUGCCGGCGAGGAAGUUUUCGAGUACAAGGAUUGAUGUGUUUGAGGAGACGCAUGUCGAGGAUACGGGCAUCUUUCAUCAGUAUGAGGAGAAGGUUGAGGCGGUGCAUAGGGAGGGGUCGAUUGUUGCAUAGGCGGGGCUGUGGAGGAGGGGAUUGGUUCGCGGGAGGGGUGGAGCGCUGGGUGGGUUUGUUGCGGCUUCU